AUGUUUAGUUUUGUCAUCGAUUACGCAAACUGUUUCAAGGGUGCGCUCAGAACCGAGAUCGCCAUUAUGAAAAAAUAUGAGAGCGUAUGUACAAAAACUAGAUGCAGCUGUCGGGAGGCACACAUGCGAGCUGCAAGCGUCCGCGACAGAAGGUCGUAUGUGCUCACCAGGGGUGAAGUUAUCGUGACAUUUUGGAAACCGGCUAUUCAGCGGCGGGCGACCCUCGCACAUAGACCGGGAAGGGUUCCAAGUUCAAUCCGCGCUCCAGGAAGGGUUCGCAAGGACGCCCGCCGACGCGCAGGCGCACGCGAUCCCGCAAAAAAGUAA